AUGUUUAAGGUCAAUCUGAUGACGUCUGUUUACGGUGCUAUGCAUAGCGAACUCGCUCAAGCCCUACGUCUCCUCGCUCGCCUUUCUUACAUACUUGGCGAUCCCGCUGAAGCUGUAGCCCAGCAACACCGUGCAGCGCUUAUGAGUGAACGUUGUAAUGGCAUCGAUCAUGCAUAUACAAUUAUCGAAUAUAUCAACCUUGCCCACUUUGCUUUUUCAAAUCUCUAUAUCCCCGCAGCCCUUAGACUUCUCUAUCGAGCUAGAUAUCUGCUACUCAUUGCACAUGGUGAAAACCAUCCUUUAAUGGCUCAGAUUGAUGGAAAUAUCGGUGUAAUCCUCUUUGCGGUUCAUGAAUUCGAUGCUGCUCUACGCUUCUUGCAAUCGGCGGAAACUGCUAUGGCAGCCAAUGGGGAGCCAAAGCGUCUCAAGUCUGCACUUGUACAACACAUCACCGCUCGUGCUCAUGCAUCGCGGGGAGACUUCCGAGCAGCGCUUGCAGCAGAAAAGGAGACCUAUUCGAUUUAUAAUGGUCUCUUUGGGCCGGAACACGAAAAGACCAAAGAAUCAAGCGAAUAUCUCAGCCAACUGACUAUGCAAGCUGUUGCCUUCCAGAGAAAAGUAAUGGAUGCUACCAAGGGCAAUAGCGUCGGUCCUUUGCUUCCAACGCAGCUUCCUCAGCCGUCACUGUCCUCAAUCCUCGAUGUCCUGAACAUUCUCAAUGGUAUAAUCAUCAUCUCAGUUGCUAACGUGCCAUCAGCCAUCGAGCCAUCAGAAAAUGGAGAAACAAAAAAUACAACUGAAUCUUUGGGUAUGACCGAUGAAGCUCUCGACUGA